AUGGAUAGGUGGAUCAUCAUAAGCCCUGACAUCCCUCCCGUGUUUUAUGAUGAUAAAAAGAUGACUGCAUCUCCAUUUGCUAUGCUUGGCGAAGAAUGUCAAUUGCAUCCACCCUCCUCCACCUCUUCAUCACAUAGCCAAUACAGCAGCACGGCCUAUUCGAGAAAGGUCUGUGCACCUGGUCUUGAAUGCUUUGUACAUUCCAAUGGAUCGUCAAUAUGUGAGCGAUUAUCGACCACAACAACAACAACCCAUCAACAACAACGAAAGCAUUACAAACGUGAGGAUGGCAAUACCUUCAAGAAACCAACACAUCAUACAACAGCAUUCAACGUGGUCCAUGUCAUUGCCGCUGUGCUUGGCAUUGCAGGAGCUGCACUCGUGAGCGUCACAGCCUUUAUCAUGUGCCGUCGUCGAAGAAGAAGGCUUGCACGUGAAAAACGACACACCGCUAGCACCACCCUCAGCAACAACGACAUCCAGGAAACAUCCAUGCAUCGCUUCAAUCAGUUUGCACAAGAUUAUCACCAUGAUGCUGAGGACAACCAACUUCAAUUACCACCCAAAACCCAUCAGCAAACAACCGACAAGGAACCUCUGGUCAGUCCUUCUAUGCAACAAAUCCAUCUUCAUCGCCAACUUUUGGAGCGACAUCAACAAGCCCCUCUGCCACCACCACCUUAUUACCCAUAA